UGCACGUUCAAAUGAGUGACCGAGUCUAGAAAUAGAUAUGUCAUGUUCAUCAAAAUGGUAUUUCUUGACCAAACUAAACAAAGUUAUUUUUACUGUGACUUUAGUUGCACUUUGUUUACUUGUCCUUGGAUUUUUAACGCCAUUUUGGAUUUUGAUAUCAGUUGAAUUCUUUUUCCACGAAUACAGUAGAAAUAUAGAAGUUUACUCUUUUUAUGAACUACCCGAGACAGAAUAUCUUGGUCUCUGGCAGUGGUGCUUUAAACAUUAUGGAUGUUUUGAUUUAUCAUUAUUGGCUAAAUAUUUUUCCACCCUUUACAAAUCUGAUGGUAGAGAAGAUACGCCAAUAUACAAGAUAAACAGCGUUAUAAAUUUGUGGAUAGUUUCAAGAUCAUGUGCCACCGUGGCCGUCGUUUGUGCAAUCUCGUUUUCGAUUUGGAAACUAUAUUUCAUCUGGAGACGAAAGUCUAACCAUGUCCGUGUCUACCAUAGUGUGUCAAUUGUUGUGAAUUUCUUCAUUAGUUCUGCUUUAACUGUAUGCUUGGUAACGUUUGGUGUCGCAACACAAACCUUGGAUGAGCUGAAAAAUUAUUACAUAUCGGAAAUUAGUAUAAUACAAGACAUUAAUAGAUAUUUUUUUAUUUCUUUCUGGAUGGUUUCUGUUUCAACAUUAUUGUACUUUUGUAAAUGGAAUACUAGCUGUAAUUAGUCUAUAUAGUUACAAUGCUAACAA